AUGGUUUUAGUUCUCGACCAGAGCCUUCUGCUGAGAAACCAGAUGAGUUUGGGCUGGAGAUGUUUGAAUGUAAAUAAGAGUGGAGAAAGAGCAUCUCUGAGGAGGAGCCCUGGCCCCAACAUCGGGGUCCGAGCCCCAACAUCGGGGUCCGAGCCCCAACAUCGGGGUCCGAUCCCCAACAUCGGGGUCCGAGCCCCAACAUCGGGGUCCGAGCCCCAACAUCGGGGUCCGAGCCCCAACAUCGGGGUCCGAGCCCCAACAUCGGGGUCCGAGCCCCAACAUCGGGGUCCGAUCCCCAACAUCGGGGUCCGAGCCCCAACAUCGGGGUCCGAGCCCCAACAUCGGGGUCCGAUCCCCAACAUCGGGGUCCGAGCCCCAACAUCGGGGUCCGAUCCCCAACAUCGGGGUCCGAGCCCCAACAUCGGGGUCCGAGCCCCAACAUCGGGGUCCGAGCCCCAACAUCGGGGUCCGAUCCCCAACAUCGGGGUCCGAGCCCCAACAUCGGGGUCUGAGCCCCUAGAAAAGCCCCCAGAGGUCUCCAUAUCAGUCUGAUGGAGGCGUAGAUCCUGAUAGCAG